AUGUCAAGAAUUCCUAAAUUACCUACCGCUACAAAAGAAAAUAGGCCUGGUCCUUUAAAUAGUAGACCUUUUUCUAGGACAUUAGCUAAUGGACUUAGUGAUGCUGACAAAAAGAGUCUUCUUUUAAAUCACACAAGGCCCCUGCGAAGUGGGGCAGUCACAACAGUACCCGCACCACGUUUAAAAAGAGCUGCCACAGCUCCUUCAGCCACAAUAGUGCCUGAAAAAUCUGCUAAAAUCGAUAAAAAGCCUGGGAGUGUAGCUCCAAAGAUUCCACCUUAUGACUACAAAGCAAGAUUUAAUGACUUACUUGAAAAACAUAAAGCAAUUAAAUCAGAAUUUAAUGAUUUGAAAGACAGACAUGUUGAAAUAUCUGAUGACUAUGAAAAAAUCAAAGAAACGGUCCAGACUAGUGCUACCGAGAAAGACAUUUUAAAGGAAAAAUUACUAAAUGUUCAUAAAGAUUUGAAAGAGAAGACUUCAGAACUUCAAAGUCUGAAAAUAGAUUUUGAAUUAACAAAGCAUGAAAAUGAAGAACUUCAACGUAAAACCAAAGUAUUAGACGAGGUUACGAGUAGCCUGAAGCAAAAGUCAUUGGAUUUGGACAAGAUCCAGUCUGAGUUUGAUGAUUUGUCUAGGCGUCAUAAAAGCCUGCAAGAAGAGGCAGAAGCCCUAAGGGUGCUUUCAGAACAUUUGAAAAAAGUGUCAAUUGAAUAUGAUAAACUACGGCUUGACUACAAAGAAGCACAAGAAGGUAUAACUAAAUAUAAAAGUGAGUAUGAGGCAUUACAAAAUAUAUUGGCUGGUAUGUAUAAAGACCAAAGGGACUUGAGGAAUACAGUUCAGGAUUUGAAAGGGAAUAUACGAGUUUACUGUAGGGUUAGGCCUCCGCUUGAGUCAGAGGCAUCAAAGCCUUUGUUCAACUUAAACGUGUUAGAUGCGUGUUCCAUAGAGGUUGAAAAGAUUGAAUUGUUGAGUUCUGCCAGAAAAGGCAAAUCACAACAUUCUUUCACAUUUGAUGGCAUUUUUACACCACAUUCUUCACAAGAAGAUGUUUUUGCCGAAGUGUCAUCUAUGGUACAGUCAGCUUUAGAUGGGUAUAAUGUUUGUAUCUUUGCAUAUGGUCAAACAGGUUCUGGUAAAACAUAUACAAUGGAAGGAGGUUGUGGUAAAGAGAAUUAUGGUAUUGUACCACGUUCAAUUGACAUGAUAUUUAACUGUAUGGAAGACUUGAAAAGAAUGGGCUGGGAAUUAACUAUAAAAGCAACAUUUUUAGAAAUUUACAAUGAAGUCAUAUAUGAUUUGCUGGACUCAAACAAAGAUCAAGAAAGUCAUGAUAUAAAAAUGGUGAAUUCAAAAGGAAAUGAUGUUUAUGUGUCAAAUUUAAGAGAAGAAGAAGUGAAAAGCUCUCAUGACUUCAUCAGGUUAUUGAUAUUUGCCCAACGUAAUAGACAAACUGCCGCAACAUUAAACAAUGAACGAAGCUCCAGGUCUCAUUCUGUGGCACAAAUUAAGAUAGCAGCAAUUAACGAGAAGCGCAAGGAAAAGUUCACCAGUAAUUUAAACUUGGUGGAUUUAGCAGGAUCAGAGAGUGGUAAAACAACACAAAGAAUGGAUGAAACUAAACAUAUUAAUAGAUCUUUAUCUGAACUCUCCAAAGUUAUCCUUUCACUGCAGACAAAUCAAUCUCACAUACCAUAUAGAAAUUCUAAAUUAACCCACCUGUUGAUGCCUAGUCUUGGCGGCAAUUCUAAAACUCUUAUGUUGGUCAAUAUCAACCAAUUUGAUGAGUGUUUCAAUGAGACUUUAAACUCUUUAAGAUUUGCCACUAAAGUAAACAGUUGUCGUACGACAAAAGCUAAGAAAAAUCUUACUAUGGUAGAUACAUUCUAG